CCAAUGAGAGCGCGGCGCGGCCCCUGCAGGGGCGGUGCGGUCGACCCCGUACAGCCCUCUCAGAGCCGGAGGAGGGGAAGAUGGCGGCGGCGGACGGCGACGAUUCGCUCUACCCCAUCGCCGUGCUCAUCGACGAGCUCCGCAACGAGGACGUGCAGCUCCGCCUCAACAGCAUCAAGAAGCUGUCGACCAUCGCGCUGGCGCUGGGCGUGGAGCGCACCCGCAGCGAGCUCCUGCCCUUCCUGACGGACACUAUCUACGAUGAGGACGAGGUGCUGCUGGCGCUGGCGGAGCAGCUGGGCACCUUCACCGCCCUCGUGGGGGGGCCUGAGUUCGUGCACUGCCUGCUGCCCCCCCUGGAGAGCCUGGCCACGGUGGAGGAGACGGUGGUGAGGGACAAAGCGGUGGAGUCUCUGCGCGCCGUGUCCCACGAGCACUCCCCCGCCGACCUGGAGGGCCACUUCGUGCCGCUGGUGAAGCGCCUGGCGGGGGGGGACUGGUUCACCUCCCGCACCUCCGCCUGCGGCCUCUUCAGCGUCUGCUACCCCCGCGUCUCCAGCCCCGUCAAGGCCGAGCUGCGCCAGUACUUCCGCAACCUGUGCUCCGACGACACCCCCAUGGUGCGCCGCGCCGCCGCCUCCAAGCUGGGCGAGUUCGCCAAAGUGCUGGAGCUGGAGCACGUCAAGAGCGAGAUCAUCCCCAUGUUCUCCAACCUGGCCUCGGACGAGCAG